CUCAUAAAGACCAAUAGAACAAAAAGGAAAAGAGAUCUUCUGAAAGUGCAUACACUUUCUCAUUUUUUACUCCAUUACAACCACUGCCAUUUCUUUUCAUUUAAGCUGUUGCUAUCUUCUACUAUUAAGACAACCAUGCAAGAAAGGUCAAAAAUUCAGAAGAAGGAAUCGGUAGUUGCUCGUAGAGCUUGGAACCUUCUCCGCCUGGCCUUGUUAUUGGCAAGAAAAGGUGGCAUUUUCAAGAACAGACACCUUAUGGCCGAUCUCCGUUUGCUUCCCAAAUACAUUAGAAGCCUCCGUCAUACCAACAAGUACGGUGGUGCAUUACAUUAUGGGGAGCGUGAGUUUUCCUUUGAUGACACCCCUAUCAUUCCUGUUAAGAUGCAUCGCCCUGCUUCCUUGCGUUUCAAGAUGCCAAAUAUCCCCUGCAUCAAACCUCAGGUUGAUUUUGACUUUGGCUUUGACAACGAUCGUGAUCGUGAUUGUAAAAGAUUAUGAAUGUACAAUGGUAAUGGUGAUGAUGAUUUUCCUAGGAAAAGUUUCUUAAACUGGGAGGAUGGUGAUAAUGAAGAGGAUGCAUAUGCAAGCUGCGAGACCUAUGAGGAGAUUAGUUGUCCCGAAGAUGAAGCUAUUGAUAUGAACGCUGACCAAUUUAUCGCAAAGUUCUAUGAACAAAUAAAGGUGCAAAGACAAAUAUCAUAUUUACAAUACCAUGAGACGACGUUCGCUAACUAAAGGUGCAAAUUGACAGAGGCUUGCAGGCGCUUUCCACUCUUCAGCACUCACCAAUUUUCAUUCUUUUUGGAUGUCAUAUUCUAGUUUCGAUUUCAUACUGGCUAGUAGUAUUCUUUCUGUAUAGGAUGCGUUACGUCGCGGAUUAUUUGUAUAUAGAUCGAAGAGGUAUUCAGUAUUCUAUUCCACACUGCAAAA